AUUUAAAAAAAAAAAAUAUUACCUUUAGAAAUGCGAAUUUUCCAAGAAGCGUAGGCAGAAAGCAAACGUAAUCUGCUCGUGCGCAGUUUCAAAAAACAAAUAAACGCGAAUACCCAAAUUUUUCCACAACUGUGCCGAGUGGGUAGCCAAAGUUUCAGUCAUUUCCAAGCGGUUGUCGUGAGCGCAAGUAUCAAUUGGCUACCGAUAACGAUUUCCGCACGUAGAAGAAAAUUCGCGUAAAUAUAGUACACAAUAAUUAUUGCUACUGAAGAAUUCGUUGCUCGUUAAAGUCGUUAAAGAAUUCGGUAACUAAAUACAUUGUAAACAGAAACGCGAGCAACAACUAAGUGGCCCAACCAACGUGUUGCAGAAAUUGCCAAGGCAACAAUACAAAUAUUUGUGAAAUAUUGGUCAGACUACACGUAAAUCGCAGAAACUUCAUUUAAUCAUCAUGUUAUUUAUGUGUCAUCAAAUGGCGAUGAAGAAGGAAGCCAAUGACAAAUCGAAAGCCGCUGAACUCCGAAGAGCACAAAUCGGUGUUGGCGUACCAAUUGUUUGGAUUUUGGGCGGCCCCGGCUGUGGCAAAGGCACACAAUGCGCCAAAAUUGUUGAGAAAUAUGGUUUUACACAUCUCAGCUCUGGUGAUUUACUGCGCGCAGAAGUUGCCUCCGGUUCUGAUAAGGGGCGCGAGUUGUCGGCGAUCAUGAAGGAGGGUAAAUUGGUGCCGAAUGAAGCUGUUUUGUGUUUGUUGGCGAAAGCUAUCGCUGAUCAUAAGUGCGAUUCGAAAGGUUUCCUCAUUGACGGUUACCCGCGUGAAAAGGAUCAAGGCGCUGCUUUUGAACGGCAAAUUGCGCCAGCGGACUUAAUUAUCUACUUUGAUUGCUCAGAUGAAGUGAUGGUUCAGCGUAUUAUGGGCCGUGCAGCUGCUUCAACUGAGGUGCGCGCCGAUGACAAUGAAGCGACCAUCAAAACACGCCUGGCCACCUUCAGAACGAAUACCAAUGCCAUUCUGGAGCAAUAUACUGAGAAGACAAUAACGCUGAAUGCCGAACGCUCAGCCGAUGAUAUUUUCGUUGAUGUGCAACGCGCACUGGAUUGUUUGAUUCAAAAGAAGGCUCAAGCGGUUGCAAGCGCCUAAUUAACGUCUCACUAACAUACAUACAUACAUACACCAUACAUACUUACAAGCAUAUACUAUGUAAUAGUUGGUAAAUGCAUAAUAAUAUUUAAUAAAUUAUUUAUUAAUUUACGUGAUUGCACGUAAAAAUCUUGUUGCACAAUUUAAACACGCAUACAAACAGACAAACACCCAUACAUACUAUGUCUCAAAGCAAUUGAUAUUAGCUAAAUUUGAGAGAGAGAAAAAAAAAUGUAAAAGAAAUAAUGAAGAAAUAACUCAACCUACCUACAUACUUAUAAAUUACUUAAGAAAUAUCGCAAAUGAAAUGCAGCUAAUUUUAUUGUAGUGAGCAAAAGUGCUCACGUUUGUCUAUUCAUACAUAUGUACAUAUGUACGGACAAAUGAAUAUUCCCAAACCGUCAACGGUUGAGUGAGCAACCGCCGCCAAAAAUAUGUAAAAACACAAAAUUGUAUCAUAAGUGUAUAGAAAAAAAAUAUAGAAAAAUAAAAUUAUUAUUAUAAAAUUAUAGUCUAAUACAAUAAGAGCUCUCUAAGGGAAAUCUGUGCUUUAAUUAAAAAUUACAAUGUACUUGAAUUAUUUAUGCAUCAUACCAAAGAAUAACAAAAAAUAUUUGUUGAAAACCAAAGCAAUAGAAGCAAUAAAUAAAUAAAACUCAAAAUUAAAUAAAUAAAAAAAA